AUGGUUCAACGAAAGAACUCUCCGCUGAGAUAUAGUGCGGUUAACCAGAGUUCUGUUGGGUGUCGUGUGCGGCAGCAUGUACAGCAGCAGCAGAACAGGAAGCAGCAGCUGCAUAGAAAGCGGCAACAACAACAAUAUCAGAGGAAGCAGCAGGAACAGCAAAAAGCAUCACAAGAGGAAGCAGCAUCGACAGCAGCAACACCAACAUCACCAAAGAGAGCAGAAGCAGCAACACUAGCAGCAGAGGAAGGAGCAACACCAAUACCAACAGCCUCAGAGGAAGCAGUAGAGGACGCGGCAGCAUCAACAAUGACACCACCAGAUGAAGCAGCAUUAACAGCAGCAGAGAAAAUAGCAACAAUUGCAGCAGAGGAAGCCGCAACACAAGCAGCAACAUCAACAACAAUAGCAGAAGAUAAAACAGUUUUUGGACUUAGUUGGGAUGCAAAUUGCUCUGUGUCAUAA